AUACUUUGUAAUGUCAUUACAAAGAAUAAUUAUUAAAUAAAAUAGAAAUCUAGUAUUUUCUAACCAUGAACGCCUCUCUCAUUGCUUGUUCGGUUAUUUUAAGUGAUACUUCACCUGUAACAAAAACAAGGGCAUCACCCAUGAAAGCGCCUGUGCAGCUUGAGAGUGGAGGCCGUGCAUUCGACCACACAGACAGCUAUUGGGAAAAUUGGGAGGAAAAGCAAGGCUUGAGUUAUUCUCAAGAAGAUUUAGAUGCUGUUGAUAAUAAUAAUAAACAAAAAGAGGUGGAGGUUAUAAUACAGAGAGAGAAUACUGAGGAUAUGCCUUCUGCAACGAGCAGUUCUCAUGGGUCUAUCCCUAAUAAUGAAGAUUGUGGCAUUAGAGAUGUCUGGAAGCAUAAUAUGGAAGAAGAAUUUCGGACAAUACGACAGCUGGUCACACAAUAUAAUUACAUUGCAAUGGAUACAGAAUUUCCUGGUGUAGUUGCGAGGCCUAUUGGAGAAUUUCGAUCAACUGCAGAUUAUCAAUAUCAAUUACUAAGAUGUAAUGUAGACUUGCUAAGGAUAAUACAACUUGGACUGACCUUCUAUGACAAGCAUGGAAAAACUCCUUCUGGCUAUACCACAUGGCAAUUUAACUUCAAAUUCAACUUAUCGGAAGAUAUGUACGCUCAAGAUUCAAUUGAUUUACUCACAAAUUCGGGUAUACAAUUUAAGAAACACGAGGAAGAUGGUAUAGAUCCUUUAGAAUUUGCUGAAAUCCUAAUGACGUCUGGCAUAGUAUUAAUGGACAAUAUCAAAUGGUUAAGUUUUCAUUCUGGUUAUGAUUUUGGAUAUUUACUGAAACUAUUGACUGACCAAAAUUUACCACAAGAGGAAGCAGAUUUUUUUGAUUUAUUAAAAAUAUAUUUUCCAGUUAUAUAUGAUAUAAAGUAUCUAAUGAAAUCUUGUAAGAAUUUGAAAGGUGGGUUACAAGAAGUGGCGGAUCAACUAGAAUUACGCAGAGUUGGUCCCCAGCACCAAGCAGGAUCCGACUCACUGUUAACGGGGAUGGCAUUUUUCAAAAUGCGCGAGAUGUUUUUUGAAGAUAAUAUUGAUGAUUCCAAGUACAGUGGUCAUUUAUAUGGUUUGGGUAUGUCAUUUUCAGCAAAUGGAAAUAAUACACCCUUUCACGAUAAUGGGGACAAUAGUUCCUCAUCAUAAAAAACUUAUAAAUCUUAUAAGAAACUUAUUUGUAUAUUUAUUAUCCUAAGGAAGCAAUUGCAUGUAAUUAUAAAAACAGCUACAAAGAAUUUUUUAAGAAAACAUGAAACAAA